AUGAGACGCGCGGCGCUCGCCGUUACCGUGCUGCUGGCCGCGUGCGCGCUGCCCGCCCGCGCCGCCCUCGUCUGCCAGCAGUUCACAGCCACCCUUGCCCAGGGUACCGGCGGCGGCUGCAUCUCCACCACCGUCAGCCAGGAUGCGCUUUGGACCGCCACCAAUGGGACGACCAACGCCACCGCGACUUUCUUCGGCCCCCAGCCCACGAGCACGCCCGUGGGGGGCAAGCUGAACUAUGUUUUCUUGGCUGGCACCAACUACAACUUCACCGUGACUGGCAGCGACAGGUCCUCCUGCACCGGGACCGCCAAGAUCACUCCCUGCACCCCGGUCUGCAAGGACAUUGAGGUCAAUGUCACCGCAACUUCCGCCACGUCAGCUUGCACUGUCAGCAUCGGCGCCAGCAUCUUCGACACCUCGGCCACCGGCUUCUUCGACAUUGGCUCCCUGGGCACCACGGCGACGACCGCUCUGUUGACAGCGGUCAACGGGACGCUGCUCGCGGCGCCCCAGGCGUACCCUCAGGGCACCUACAGUGUGCAGGCGCAGGUCAACUACCCCAACGGCCGCACCGCCCGGUCCGACGCGUGCACCAUCACAGUGACCGACAUCACCAAGUAUGGCCCGCCCGUUCUCAACACCACCAACACCUGCUUCUACCUCAACGACACGAAGCUGACCAACAUCGAUAUCCCCGUCACCCUCCUGGCUUCCACGCCCGCUGGCAACAAGUGCAGGAACAUCAGGGUGGUCGCCACUGCCUGCACCCCCGAGUUCAAGAACAAGGGCAGGACCAAGCGCCUGUGCCUGCCGGUGUUCUCCGCUGGGAGCGCGACGCGUCCGAUCCCGGCGACGGCUGUGGAUAUCCUCAAGAAGAACUUCCAGAAGAACCCCCAGCCCAUCACGGUGACCCUGAACACCUUUGACCUGAACGGCCAGCUGGGCGACGCCUCCGUCGACACCGCUAACGUGGUCGUGUACAGGAGCAAGCCGAAGGCCGCCAUCGCCGCCAACUGCAUCCCCGUGUUCAACCGCAUCUGA